AUGAACAUGAUAACUGGCUCCCUGCUGAAAGCACAGCAAAACGGCAAGACAGCAAGACAACAGGACAACAAGACAGCAAGACAGCAAGACAGCAAGACAGCAAGACAGCAAGACAGCAAAACAACAAGACGGCAAGACAGCAAGACAACAAGACAACAAGACCACAAGACAACAAGACAACAAGACAACAAGACAACAAGACAACAAGACAACAAGACAACAAGACAACAAGACAACAAGACAACAAGACAACAAGACAACAAGACAACAAGACAACAAGACAACAAGACAACAAGACAACAAGACAACAAGACAACAAGACAACAAGACAACAAGACAACAAGACAACAAGACAACAAGACAACAAGACAACAAGACAACAAGACAACAAGACAACAAGACAACAAGACAACAAGACAGCAAGACAACAAGACAACAAGACAACAAGACAACAAGACAACAAGACAACAAGACAACAAGACAACAAGGCAACAAGACAACAAGACAACAAGACAACAAGACAACAAGACAACAAGACAACAAGACAACAAGACAACAAGACAACAAGACAACAAGACAACAAGACAGCAAGACAACAAGACAACAAGACAACAAGACAACAAGACAACAAGACAACAAGACAACAAGACAACAAGACAACAAGACAACAAGACAACAAGACAACAAAACAACAAGACAACAAGACAACAAGACAACAAGACAACAAGACAACAAGACAACAAGACAACAAGACAACAAGACAACAAGACAACAAGACAACAAGACAACAAGACAACAAGACAACAAGACAACAAGACAGCAAGACAGCAAGACAGCAAGACAGUUCAGGCGCACUUCCGCAUCGCUCCACGGGGCUUCAUAGUAAAUAAGCUGGCCUAA